AUGGCUUCUGAAAUUGACACUUUAAAAACAAAUGAAUUUUUACGAAGACGGAAGUUAAGACUACAACAGGUUAGGGAACAAUCAAAAGACAUAGCUAAGAAAAUUAGACAACGCGCUAAGGUAGAAAAGUUGCGGCAUGUAACAGAUAUUGAUGCUCAAAAAGAAAAAGAAUAUCUUGAUUGCCAAGAGAAAUUAGUUAAACGUUUAGAAUUAUUAUACGCUAAGAGCUUAGAAAAUGUUGGUUCCAGUCACAAAAGUGCAUGUGAUAUUCAACAAGAUGAUGUAGAGAAAAAAGAUUUAUCCAAACUACAUGGCAAAGAAGCUGUUGCUGAAUUAAGAAAAAGAAGGCAAGCACAGUUAGAUGAACAAAAAAAGGUUUUAGAUCGGAAGUUGCAAGCAAGGGAGAUAGCGAAUGAACUAAGCCGUGAAAAAUCUUCAGUAGUGAAGAAUUUGGCCAAACAAUCUUUAAAAAAAAAAGACGAGCCUAUAAGCAAAGAUUCAGUUAAUUUUUAUGAAAUCAAUAAGGAAAAGGACACUCAAAAUAAAGAAACAGACAAUAAUUCUAGUAAAGCAAAAGCUGAUAUGGGUACACAAUGGGAGUGUGAUGAAUUACUAAAUGAAUGGGAACAUAAUGUACCUGCAUUAUCUUUACCAAAAGAGGACAAUGUUAAAGAUACUGUUAAUGAAAAUGAAAAAUCAGAUAAAAAUAAAAAACUUGACCUAUUUGCACUGAGUGAUGAGAUGCCAUCUAGUCUCCGUGGAGGGCUAACAAAUGUUCCUGAAGAUAUUGUUCCUAUGAAGCCUUCGUUAAGUCUUGUUUCAGAAUAUUUACAAAAUAGAAAUUUAAAAUUAAGACAACCUGAACUAAACAAAAAGCCAGCAGAAGAUUUACAAAGCAUAAAACAGACUAUUCUACGUACUAGGUCUUCAAAAGCUGAUGUGAAAGAAAAGUCUUCAAGAUCAACGGAAUCUGAAAUAUGUUUAAGUAGAAAGAAAUCAGUGUCAGUCUAUAACCACAAUACAAGGGAUAUAUUAGAUAUGCCAUGUGACAAGGAUAAAUUUGUUUAUAGAGACAAUAGAACUGAUGAAGAUGCAUAUGCGCAAGCUUUAAAAGAAACGAAUAGUGUUAGCAAUAUAGAAAGUGAACAACUAAACAAAAAGCAAGAGGAUUUAAGGAAUAAAAUAGCAAUAACAAGGCAGAAUGUUGACAAGGAAUAUAGAGAUACUUUAGCUUUUUUAAACUCUCUCCCAAAAGAAACAGGGUCAAAACCUAAUAGAAAAAUGUACAUGGAUGGUGAACAACAACAAUUGUUAAAAGAUAGACAUCAAAGAAAAUUGCAACAAGAGUAUAAAAAAAUUGAAAAAGAAUGCUUGAAGCAUAAUUGCAAGCAUUCCAAAAGAAAGUCAACAGUAUUAGAUAAAAGUAGAAGCAAAUCAAAAUCACCAGUUAUUACUGAAGAACUCGACGGUAGAGACUUUGAAUAUUCCUGGAUGCCUGUACCGGAAAGUGAUGGGAGCCUUGCAAUUCAUACAAUACCUAAUACAAGAAAACAAGGAAACUCUGUGAAAUUUAGUGGGACUGACAGCUAUCAUGAGUAUAGAUCACGACAUAAACACACCCCACCUACAAAAGAAGUGGAUGACGACCGACCAAACAAGAGAGUUGUUGAAACUGUUAUCCUUCAGAAUGAGUCGGAAAAUGAAUCUUCUCUUUCUUCAGAAACCAGUUCCGUGGAAAAUCUUAGUCUGGAAAGAGAUAAAAGUGUGUCUAAGGUAGAUUCUAAAAUACAAGAUGCGGAGAGGAUAAUAAUUUAUAAGAUUUUGAAUUCUAGAAAGGACAAGAAAAGCAAGAAUAAGAGAUCGGAAGUCUCUCACAAAUCUGCAAACCAUAAAAAUCUUGACUCUAUUAUCAAUAUUCAGGACAGUACUACAGUAUCCCAAAAUGUAGAUAAAACUGUAAUGGUUGAACCAAAAGGUGUUUCUUUUGACCAAAUGCAUGAAGGUGUCUAUAAAGCCGUGAGUAAGGAUGGGGAUAAUAUUACUUCUAUGUACUUUUCGGAGGAACCAAAUGUAAACAAGAGAAACGAUUAUAACACAGGUGUACAAAACACGGAAGAUAAAACUGAUCAGUUUUGCAGUUGUGGCAAAAAUCAAUCAAAAACUCAACAACAGAAAGAUAUUGACAAGGAAGUUGGAGACAAUGCACCAAGAUUAACAGAUCUUAGUAACUGUAAAUGUGUCAACGUUGGAAUUGAAAGUAGUAAUUUAACUCAAUCAUCAGCAGCCACAUCCACUACGUCAUUCAAAACUGCACCUAAUAAAGCUAAUAAUGAUAAUCCAGAUGGUGGAUUCCUUAAACUGUUAGACGAAGGGGCAACUGAGACUGGUAAAUUUUAUAUUGGUGCUUCUGGAUUUAUUAAAGACGACAAUUAUGAAGUCGUUAUACAAUUAAGGAAGAAAGAAGCUGAAAAGACUAUAAAUAAGGAAGUUAAAGACGUGGUACUACCAGAAACCCCUGUAAAAGCCUCAACUGUAGAUGAAAAUAAAAUAAACAGUGCAGAUAAAUGUAUGGAAAAAGAAAGUGCGGAGUGCUCAAAACCCUCUGAUGUUACGGUUGAUAAAGAGACUACCACAGAAAAAAGUUGCACAGAAACAACAUUACAGAAAGAAGAACAAAAAUCACAUGAGCAAAAUGAAGUUCAGUCUAAAACUCGUAAUAUGUGCGAAAAAGCAGUACACACGUUAUUCCAAGAUACAUACCCAAUUCCUAUGGAUGCGCCUAAAACUGAUCCUAUACAAAGACCUGCCACUUCGACAUAUACACAAACCUCGUUCAACUCUUCAAUACAACGACCGGUCUUCAUGCACAUGAGCUCAUCUACUUCCACUGCAUACAUGAGUCCACCAGAACUAAUACUACCUAAAUUUCUUAGAAACGGCUAUGUUUUAAGUCAUGAAGAAAUGUAUGAAUCUGAAAAUACUAUUCAUCAAUUAGAGUCACAAUACGAAGAGAUAGAGACAAGAAGUUGUAGAAAAUAUAAAGACUGCAAAUCUAAACACUGUACGUGUUCUGUAAAGGGCACAUUGCAUAAAAAAAGAUAUCAAACUAGAAAAAAAAUGGACACUCCCCCAAACACAGCAAGAAAUAAUAGAUCAUUUAAUGAUUCAAAUGAAAUCAAGAAGCAUAAAUGUAAAUGUCAUAAGUGCAAAAGUCGUAAUGAAACUAAAAUUUGUUCCAAAUCUCAUAGAAAAAGAUUAAACAGCUCCUUGUAUACGAAAUCUUCGAAAGAAUUGAUUGAAGUCAAUGCAAAAUCACCUGUGACUCAGUCAUCUAAACACAAAGUUUUAAAAGGCCCGAUAAAAAAUAAACCUAGUGAAUCGAAAAUAAACCCUGUAUUAAAGAAUUACGUUCACAAACUUCUAGCUCUAAAUAAAGAAGGAUUAAAAGCAGUUGAAAUAAUAAACCAGGACUGCAGUAUACCUACUACACCUGGUAGCUCAAUAAUAAACUUACCAAGUAACAACGCUCUCACACAAAGACAGUCAUGUUUAGAUAAUAAAAUAUCUCUAGAACAAAUAAAAAAUAUUCUUAGAAAACAAAUUUUAAAGGAUCACUUUGAAGAACCAGGGACUGGGCAGAGCACAAGCUUGAAACAUACGGAGAGUCAAAUUGAAAAGGCGCCAAUUACAACAGUGAGAUUACCAAAAAAGAAACCAUUGCAUAAGGUUAAAUCUCUUAACAUUUCCAGACAGUUUCAAAAGAGAAAGAAAUGUGACGCUCAACGUUCUGCUCGUUUUACUAAAACAAUAACAUCAACUUCUUCAUCUACAAGAGAAGAGAAGAAGGUUUUAAGUAAUGAAGCAAAAAAUGUUAGGUCCAGAAGUAAAUCUUCUCCUACGCCCAGACCAUACGUAAAUUCAGAAUAUAAAAAUAGCACUAGUUCUGAUAUAACAGACCGAAUCCCAAUGAAAAAUUGCAAAGAAAUCGGCAAAACUAGACAUAUUCAGGUUAAUACUAAUUCUAAUUUAUCAGAAAAUUCUAAUUCAAAACACCCCGGAAAAUCUUUAAAUUUACCAGCACCAAACAUAUUGAAAUCAAUGUCAUCGGAUUCAGAAAUACAUAGCGCUUUACUUAAACGUCUGAAUGUGCAACAAAUACCAUCAAAUAUAUCGACACAAACAAAAGGUCUCAUAGAUACGGAAAUUAAUUUCAUGAAGAUAGCGGAAGAUAAGCUUCAGAAUAUGGAAAAAAUAGCAGACUUAACAGACAGGUGUACUAAACGUUUAUCUAAUUUAGCAAAAGUUUUAGAAGAAGUUAGAAGAAAUAAAUCUUUAGUUUACAGCCAAAUUUCUACUUCUGAUUCAACGUCGGAACCAGAAAGUAAAUCUGAUAAAAAUAAGAUUGCUGACACACACAGGGUAACUCCGCACGAGUUCAUUCAGGACAAAGAAAUAACUCAGACCCCUUCAGAUACACCUCCACUUACAUUACCGCCAACUUUAGAUGAAAAAACGUUACAUAAGAAAGAUUCUUUAGAAUUUACACCAUUUCUAAAAGACAUUCCUAAACCAAACAUUUUCAAAACACCUUCAAAUAAAACAUCUUCAUUAAAUGACAUGACAAAGCCUACGUCUAUCUUACAUACUGAUCAUAUGGACACGAAGACUAGAGGAAGGCCACCUCCAGCUUUAACUCGACAUCUCAAAAAUGGACAAGAAACCGUCAUACCUCAUGAACUAUCAACGGUUAUUGAAGUAGAUUCUCCUAUGAGUAUAAAACUUAAAAAUCAAUCUUCGCGCCACGAUACUAAAGUAGAUAUGCCUGACAAAACAAAAAGAUUUGUUGAUGAAACUGACAAUAUUUCAUGUAUGACUCAAACUAUGAUUGAUGGAUGCACCGAAAAUAAGGAACAGCAAGUUAAUCCUGAGUUAUUGCAAAGAAAUGUAAAUCUUGAAAAGGCUCUAAGAUUCGCAUCAUCAUCUAAUGAAUCUUCAGAUGAUUCUAAAGUACGUAUGAUGAAUAUGAAACAUUUUAAUAAUAUCAUGUUAAAACCUUUUAUUAGCCUUCAAGAUUAUGCUAAGCAAUGCAAUAUUGGACUUGAUGAAGGUUCAAACCUCGAAGAUGCCGCGAAAGCUGAAGCUGUUAACGAUGAUUUAAGUUCCCUCCAUUCUGACGGCAGUUUACCUGAUGUUAUUGCGGAACUAUUGAAAAGAAAUAUUAUCAGCGAGCCUUUUAAAUUCGAUACAGGUUCUAAUGUAAACUCGACUACAAUAUCCUCGGAGUCAACAUUGUCGCUGAUAGCUCUGUCAAAAGCAAGAAAAGAUAAAAAGAAGUCCGGCGUGUUUUUGAAAAAUAAAGAAAAUAUGGAAGAAACCUCUGAAACAUUGAGCGUGUCUUCUAAUCCUGACUUGGAAAAUGCAUUUAAAAAACUCGGAAUGGGAUGGGCUUCCUCUACAUUAAAAAAAACAAAAGAGACACUAGCUUUGUCAUCGUCGUCGAAUACUUCUAGCUGUAGCAUGACGCAAUUCAAAAUCAAGAGUUUCAGUCAAGACGUUCCUGUAUUCGCAUCAGAUUCUACGUCAUCGUUAGUGGACGACUCCAAUAAACGAGAAAAACGAAAGUUAUCUUCAGGUCAUGUUAAUGAAAAUUCAAAGAACGCUGUUCAACAAACAUCGUUAACUAACUCAAUGACUGUGAAAGAGUUUUUAACUAACGUGUUAGCUAACAAAAUCACCUUUAGCAAUAAAUCUAAUAAAAACGAAACUGACCGCUCUCAGCCCGAGUUCAUAUCUCUGUACGAAACCAAUAUACCUGAAGAUAUGAAAUUAACUAAUGUUAGAAACGAAGAGGAUCAAUCGAGUGUAUCAAGUGCUAAUAAUAAUAGAGCUCGAACUUCUACUCCGGUGCAAAUUUUUAAGUCUACGGCGUAUCAGUCAAGUUCUAGCUCUAACACGUCUAAUGGAUUAUUCAGUAAUGCUGACGAUUUGUCCUCUGUCAAGGUAACGUCCACCUCCAUACGCAACCAUUCCACGUCCGAUAAGGAUGAGCUGACCAUUCCAAAUUACAGUUUAAGAACAAAGAAAGGAUUUUCUGAUCGUAGCAAAAGUGAU